CCCCCCCUCUCUCGCAGAAGUAGAUAGAGAGCAGCGAGGAGCAGAAGGAGCUGGGUGGCAGGAGGGAAGCAGCAGGGCUGUUGUUGAUUGAACAAAGGCAGGGAAGGAGCGCACAGUCCUGGGGUGAAGAGCUGCUGUGAAAUGCCUUGAAGGGAGCCUGCCAGUUACUCCUGCAGAGACCUGAAGGUGUGCUUCAGCAGAGGAUGGCAGGAGAUUCCCACGUCCUCAUGGACCACAGCAUGGAGACGGGAGUAACGCCUGCACAGGUGAAGAAGCUCCCUAAACAUCUGAGGGAGGCUCAGAUCUCAACAGAGAGAACCCACCUGAUUUCAGAACCAGUGAAGAAGCCGCGGCAGCGGUACGUGCAAAAGGACGGCAAGUGCAACGUUCAUCAUGGAAAUGUGCAAGAGACCUAUCGUUACCUCAGUGACUUGUUCACUACGCUGGUGGAUUUACGGUGGCGUUUUAGCCUUUUAAUUUUCACCUUAGUCUACGUAAUCAACUGGCUUUUCUUUGGAUUUCUUUGGUGGCUGAUUGCACUCAUCCGAGGAGAUCUGGUGCAUGGGGAUGAGAAGGACUGGACCCCUUGCGUAGAGAAUCUCAACAGCUUUGUCUCAGCUUUCCUUUUCUCCAUUGAGACAGAGACCACCAUUGGUUACGGCUAUCGCGUUAUCACAGAAAGAUGCCCUGAAGGUAUUAUACUGCUCUUGGUACAGGCCAUCUUGGGUUCCAUCGUUAACGCCAUAAUGGUUGGUUGCAUGUUUGUCAAGAUUUCACAGCCAAAGAACCGCGCUGAGACUCUCAUGUUUUCACACAACGCCGUCAUAUCGGUUCGAGAUAACAAGAUGUGCCUGAUGUUUCGGGUGGGGGACCUGAGGAACUCUCACAUCGUGGAGGCAUCAAUUAGAGCAAAGCUGAUCCGCUCACAACAGACCAAAGAGGGGGAGUUCAUCCCACUCAACCAGACUGACAUCAACAUUGGCUUUGACACGGGAGAUGACCGGCUGUUCUUGGUAUCACCACUCAUCAUCUCUCAUGAGAUUAAUGAAAGAAGCCCCUUCUGGGAAAUGUCGAUGGCUCAAAUGGAGAAGGAGGAGUUUGAGAUCGUCGUCAUCCUUGAGGGCAUGGUGGAGGCCACAGGUAUGACAUGUCAGGCUCGCAGCUCCUACCUGGACACUGAGGUGCUGUGGGGCUACCGCUUCACACCAGUUUUAUCUCUGGAGAAGGGCUUCUAUGAGGUGGACUACAACAACUUCCAUGAGGUCUACCAGACCAACACCCCAACCUGCAGCGCCAAGGAGCUAGCAGUUAAGUUCCGGGAUGAGCCACUUUUGCCUCAGCUUCCACUCUUAAGUCCCCAGCCCAAAGAGCGUACUUUUGAGUCCCUGAACCGCCUGUCACAACAGGAUCCUCUAAACCAGGAGGAGAUGGAGGAGGAGAGGGAUUUAAGGGGGGAGAAUAAUGGCUCGGCUGCUGCUCUGGGAGAGCUACCCCUGGCUGAUGGACUGCCAGACUGAAUGUCCCAAUCAGCCUAAACCCCAGGAGUGACUGGACAGUUUAACGCUUCUUUUAAUCAAUGGCCAUCCUGUUUCACUGCAGUUACUGGAGACAACAGACAUCUGACUCAUGCAAUAUUCCUCUAUGAGAGUCAAUCUAUAGCAUAAAUUGGUUUUGUAGGCAAAUAGGACGCAUACAUGUACAACAUCUGUCUACUCUUCAAGGUCUGUGGCUCAGAUUGUCUUUUUAAUAAUCAUUAUGACCACUAACUGCUAUGACUCAAGUUUUAUUACGUAAACCUGAGCUAAAUCUGGUAGCCCUGGCAGCACGCCAUUGGUUUAUUAUGAAUAUUCUCAUUUCAGGGUGUGUUAACUCAGCCUUAUUUAACCCCAUUGAGAACUCAUAACUCUGACAGCAGCUUAUUGUUCCCAUCUCCUUCAGCAUCGUUCAUCUGCAGCAAAUCUCUCACCUGACUAAAGAUAAAAGUUUUUUUUUUUGCAAGAAAUUCAAACAAUGUGUACGGGAACUAUAUUCCAGCUGAUAGCUUUUUGUUUCUUUGUUCAUAUUUUCACACCGGGAGCCUUGAUCCCUUAUAAUUAAAAAAAAAGUCCAUGACAGUACCUUUUAUAUGCAUUUUUAGACUUUUAUCAGUAAAAAUAGGCAAAUGCUGUAUAAGCUACUGACUUGACUCUUCCAAUAAUAAAAUCCUUCUAGAUUCUUUAAAGAUGUUAUUCUCCUUGCCACUGCGCAAGCCAAAACAAUAAAGCCAAGUCUCUUUUUCUUGGUAUAUAAAGCACAAUUUCCUAUGACGAGUCCAAAGUGACCCAACGCCCCGCUGAGCUUCUGCAGCUGGCUGAUGCAUGUCAGGUCAACAAUGCUAUCUAAAUGUGGGUUUGAAGAUUAAAUAAUUAUGUUCAACUCUGAGUUUAUUUUUACAUGGUGAAUGCAUAUCUGAUAUGUUUUGCUAGGAAUUCAAAACUAAACCUAAUUUCUUUCAGGUGAAUUUUGGAUUAUUUUAAUUUAUUUAAAGACCAAGUUCACUGAGAAAUGGUUAUUCAACCUGUUUUGGGGAUACGAUCAGAUUUUCACAUGCAGGCUAAUUAUGGAAAUAGUCCUUUACACUUAUUUCCUGCAGUAGCCACUGAUAGAAAUAAGGCAGGAAAUGCUAGGAUUAAAAAGUAUUAAAAAGUAUUCAGUCAGCCUCCGAUUGUGCAAGUUCUCCCACUUAAAAAGAUGAGAGAUUCCUACAAUUUUCAUCAUGCAAAUACCUCAACAAUGAAAAUGAGAAAAAAAUACAGAAAAUCAGUCUAAUUUAUAAAGAAUUUAUUUGCAAAUUAUGCUGAAAAAUAAGUUUUUGAUCAAUAACAAAAGUCCAUCUCAAAACUUUGUUAUACACCAUUUUGUUAGUAAUGACAGAGUUCAAAUGUUUCCUGCAGUUCUUUCAACGGUUGGCGUAGUGUGUUACUGAUGGUAGCCUUUGUAACGUUGGUCCCAAAUCUAUGUCAAGACAUUCUCACACCCAAAGCAUCAAAAUAUGACGCGUGUGACCAAGCCUCAAUACAUGACGAUUCAGGAUGCCCCAGCGUGUCAGGAGACGACGAUCAGGGACACACUGAUGACGCAACGUCCCAGAGCGUUGGUAUCCGACGCUGGUGGUGAGACGGACAUUAGAUCGACUUGUGAACUAUUUAACCUUCCCCUCACCCCAAUCCUAACCUUAAGGUCACAGUUACUGACCUUAAGGUUAGGAUUGGGGUGAGGGGAAGGUUAAAUAGUCGAAUAAUGUCCGUGUGACCACGGGUGUCAAACACUGACGUCAGCGGAGCCAUGUGUCCCUGAUCGUCAUCUCCUGACGCGCUGGGGCAUCCCCAAUCGUCAUAUAUUGAGGCUUGAUCGCACGCGUCAUAUUUUGACGCUUUGGGUGUGAGAAUGUGUUGUCUCUGCAGGUCAGUCACUAGGUCCCCCGUGUAGUUCUGGGGGUUUUGCUCACCGUUCUUCUGAUCAUUUUGCCCCAUAAGUUGAGAUCUUGUGUGGAGCCCCUGAUGGAGGGAGGUUAUCAGUGGUCUUGUAUAACUUCUACAUUCCAAAUUCUCCCACAGUUGAUUUCUUCAAUGCAAGCUGCUUACCUAUUGCAGAUUCUGUCUUCCCAGCCUAGUGCAGGUCUACAGUUUGUUUUCUGGUGUCCUUUGACAGCUCUUUGGUCUUGGCCUUAGUGGAUAUUGGAGUGUGAUUGAGGUUGUGUAAAGGUUUCUUUUAUACUGAUAAAUACUGGAACAGUCUACCACUCAGCAUAAGAGACUUACACUCAUAUUUAAACACUUGAAGGAAAACCAAACCUGUAUCCAUCAGCAGCAUGUCCUCAUAGUGACAUGUUGUCUGUUCCUAGUUUCCUUGUUUUAAAUAUAAUACUUUGCUUUCUUCUAUCACUUUUAUCACCUGCCUAGGGGCUACAGAUAUAAAUUAGCACUUGUGCUACAAUCAGGCAUAUUUACUGAUACAAUUUUUUGUUGAAGUUCAUUAAUAUGCACUGUCCCUGUUAAAUAAAUAAACAAAUAAAUAACAACGAGAUCCAACAGGUGCCAUUAUUAUAAAUAACAAGUGGAGGACAGAAAUUUAGCUUUUAUUAGGAAACCAAACACUUAUUUUCCAUCAUAACUUGCAAAUAAAUUCUUUAAAAAUCAGACAAUGUGAUUUUCUGGAUUUAUUUUUUCUCUUUUUGUCUCUCAUAGUGGAGGUAUAGACCUACUUAUGACAAAAAGCACAGGCCUCUCGUCUUUUUCAGUGAGAAAACUUGCACAAUUGGAGGCUGAAUAAAUAUUUUUGCACCACAUCACACUGAAAAUUAGCAUUUAUGGACUCACCCAUUUUAGCUGAAGUUGCUUUAGCGUCUCGGAUAGUAGAAGCUAACCAUUAGCAUUAGCGACUCCACAACAUGACAGAACUCCUUCAGGGUUGUUAUAUUUUUGGUGAUAAACAUUAUUGUUGUACAGCAAAGGAAGAUGGUAGAGUCACGUUGCUGUUAGCUAAUCAGAGGUGAGAUGACUGAAUAUCAGGAACCUGCCAUCUUCUGCUCACCUCUGCUCUGGCCCACUUCUAGUUCCUGAAACAGGAACUCACAAAGCAGUCAUUUCCCUUGCUAAUGUGUUGAAAAAAUGAGCGAACUUGGUCUUUAAUUGAAAAUAAGCAUUUAUCUUUCCUGUAACACUUUAGUUUAGGGAACACAACUUAAACAUUCAUUAGCUGCCAAUUAAUAUGCAUAUUAGUGGACUACUAAGUCAUAACUAGUCAUUAUUAAGCACUUAUUAACAGCUUAUUACUAAUGCCGUAAUUCUAACAUUAACAGGCCAUAAAUUAGGAGUUUUAUCAUAAUAAGCCAUUCAUAAUUGGUUGUAAACUGAAAGUAAAUGGUUUGUUGCUGAUUAACGCACUUACUAAGAAGCUCAAAUCAAUAUGUGGCUUUUAAAGAAGUCAUUCAAGGAGAACACAUCCUUGCCUUUAAGUGGUUAAUUAAUACUGAACUACUAGUAGUUAGGUAUGAACAAAAUCUGACUUUAGAAUGAGGAACUGAUUCUUCCUUACAAGUGGAUAGAUUGUUGUUUAGGCUCUAUCAACAUGAGGUGUUUGGUUUUUAUGUACAUAAUACCACAACAUGAUAUUUUUGGUUGCUAAUGAAGAAUAAUUAUUCCCCUUGAAUUACUUCUUUAAAAGCCACGCAUUGAUUUGACUUUUGUGUGUUAAUCAGCAACAAAUAAGAAUGGCUCAUUAAACUCUUAAUUUAUGGCCUGUUAAUGUUAGAUUUAUAGCAUUGGUAAUAAGCACCUAAUAAUAGCUUAAUAAUGACUAAUUCUGACUUAGUAGUCCACUAAUAUGCAUAUUAAUUGGCAGCUAAUUAAUGGUUAAUUCGUGUUCCCUGAGCUAAAGUGUUACCAUUUCUGCAAGAGUGCUCUGAUAAUAGGAUCAAAUGUGGUUACUACUUGGACAACUUGCCUUUUUAAAUCACACUUCCUUUUAAGCAUCACCUUUUUGCCUUGUGAUUUGAAGUUAAACACUUUUUUUUCUUAAAAUGCACUUUGGUUUUGUUCAAAAACCUAUUUCUGUUAUCUUGAUUUUACAUAUCUCAUGGUUCAUUUGAAGGAUAACACUUCACAUCUGAUUUUUGGCCUUGUGUGGCUUCGCUUUAAUACAACAAGAAUGCAUGAAUGAGCCAAAUUUCCCCUUUGUUCAGUACAUUUAGUAUAGUAAAAAAAAUACAAUACAGGGUACUUUUUAGGCAUGCAAGUAAGGACAUUUCUACAAUAUAUUACCAGAAACUUUCAAAAUGUAUUUUAAAAACAUGCUUCAUAUCUGAAACCUAAAUUUCCCACUUCAGAAUCAGUCUUUUUAUUAUUUAUUGCAGAAGUGCACUCACCCUACUGUUGGUUUUUACUGUUUCAUGUCAGCACCUUACUAUACGUAAGCUCUGUACCAUUGAUUCCUGAAAUGUCGUUGCUUUCUGCGUGUUCUCAUGGGAAUAAACAUAGUUUGGCCGAAACAACAA